CCACCAACGGGGGCAUCUCCAGGGACCACCAAAGUCCUGCAGGGCAGAAGAUGGAGGCCACCUUCCUUCUGGGGCUCACUUGCCUCUGCUCCCCUUUGACCGCUCUGGUUCUUGACUUCAAUACCAUCAGGGGCUCGUCUGAAGUGUCCGGUUCCAAGAAGAGCACACAGUGCUUGACAGACAAAGAUUGCCGGGUGGGGAAAUAUUGUUACAAGCCCCAAGAGGAGCAGCUGCCCUUCUGUGCUCCCUGCCAGGGUUUACGAAGAAGAUGCCAGGGAAAUGGGAUGUGUUGCCCGGGUACGAUCUGUAUCAAUGAGGUGUGUGCCCAGGUGGAAAGGAUGCCCUUGGCUGAGGAGCAGAGAGACGGGAGACAGGCUGAAUUGGGUGCCAAGGAACGAUGGCCACGGCCAGCUCAAGCCGGGCAUGUCCGGAAGGAAGGAGCUCGGCCGAGGGCACGUAGCCCAGCUGGCACGGGGGAGCGCUGCCUCCGGACCUCCGAAUGUGCCCAAGGGCACUGCUGCGCCCGCCACUUCUGGGCCAAGAUCUGCAAACCUGUUCUCCUCGAAGGGGCCGUGUGUUCCGGGCGAGGGCAGAAGGAUGGCGGGGCGCCAGGCCCCGAAAUCUUCCAGCAUUGUGGUUGCGCGGCCGGCCUGGUUUGUCAACGGCCCCUCCGGGGCGCCCCACAGAGAGCUCGCCUGCGUGUCUGCCGCAGCAACUAAGGAGGUCCUGAGCCUGGAAGAGGAGGGCAGAAGCAGAGGGAGCCCGAAGGAAAGCAAAGCGCGCCUGGAUCAGUCCACAAGGGGCUGGCUGGCUGCGCACCCGGCUUCACGGACAUGGCGCCCCUUAGGACUUUACUCGUCACUGAGUUACAGCCGUACUUGAGCUGGCAGAAAAUUAACUUGCAUGAACUUUGCUGCCCCCGUUUCUGCUCCUGUCUCUGACCUGGCUUAUCCCGGGGGUCGGGGGUCCUGAUUACAUGUUCAAGGCACUCUAAGUAAAGCGAUCAACAGAUUC